GUUACCGGGAGAACACCACAGAAAAUAAGAAAUUUUUGUUAAAUUGAACAUUUUGGAUUUAAAAAUUUCCUUUAAAAUGAAAUUCAUUCUAAGUAUGUCGAACUUGGUCAGCGCUAUAUUGGUGUUUGUUUUACUGGCAGAGUUCAGUGCAGCUGAGCUGGAGCAUGAUAAGAACAGACGAGGCGCUAACUUGGGGCUGUAUGCGUUCCCGCGUGUUGGUCGCGGAGAUCCCAGCUUUGGGAACAGUCUGCGCGACGGAUUAGAUGCCGCGGCCCUCGAUGGCAUUUACGCAGAUGCCUCCCAGGAGGAUUAUAAUGAGUCGGAAUUCCAAAAGCGGGCCAGUGGCCUAGUAGCUUUUCCUCGAGUGGGACGCGGGGAUGCUGAGCUGCGGAAGUUUGCUCACCUGUUGGCCCUGCAACAGGUCCUGGACAAGCGCACAGGACCCAGUGCCUCGUCGGGCCUUUGGUUUGGUCCCCGGCUGGGCAAGCGAAGUGUCGACCCCAAGUCCUUCGCCGAAGGCACCAAGGGUCAAAAGGAAUUCAAUUAAAUGUAGAAACCGCACUCGGAUCGAACACUCUCUGGAUGAUAAAGCACAUCACUUUUUGUACAUCAAUGAAUCGAAGCUUCUAAUUGAAUAUUGUAACGGGUAUAUAACGAAUAUGUUUUUUGGUUAAAUCAGGGCUGGUGAGAGCUACUAUUAAAGUCUUUGUGUGUUUUCAUUCCUGCAAUCUUAAAUUAUGUAAAUACAAUAAACACAAUAACAUAACCUGCA